GAAUUAAAUCUUUUUAUUCUAAAACUAAGUCUUAUUUAUACUAAAAAACGUAAAACGCGUUUAGUAAUCUUAAUAUUAAAACAUCGUAAACGUUUUUUGCAUUUUAAUUCUAACCUAAAAAGAACAUCUGAUUAAACAAUGUGACUAGUCACUUCUUGGUAAGAAGAAACAUUCAUUCUUUGGAGCAGUGAGGUUUAUAGGUUCAUUCGUUUAGUUGAAUUCUAUUCGUAGUAAAAACGAUUUGUUUCUUAAAAUAUAAAAGCGACAGAAGAAACCGGGUAUCAUUUCAUUCGAGUUAUAAAUGUAUCUAUAACCUAAGUAGUAUUUCUAAUAAUGGCUGAUGAGUCUUGUAUUUUCUUAUAUUAAAACGUAUUAUGCUAAACACAAAAAUAAACUGAACGAAUAUCUCGUUGAUAACAAUUGGAUUUAUUACUUUUGUGGGGACAACCAAGUAAAACUACAAACAUUUAUACACCAUGGCUAAUGUAUCCUACCAAAUAGCAAACUUGCUAGAAAAGAUGCAAUCCAAUGACAAGGAUUUCCGCUUCAUGGCCACCAAUGAUUUGAUGACCGAGCUCCAAAAGGACAGUAUCAAACUUGACGAUGAUUCUGAACGCAAAGUUGUGAAAAUGCUCUUAAAAUUACUUGAGGAUAAAAAUGGAGAAGUUCAAAAUUUAGCUGUUAAAUGUUUGGGACCUCUUGUGAAUAAAGUAAAAGAGUACCAAGUUGAAACAAUUGUUGAAUCUCUAUGCGCUAAUAUGGUUUCUGAAAAGGAACAAUUACGUGACAUAUCCAGCAUUGGACUGAAGACUGUUAUAGCGGAAUUACCGCAGGCUCCAGGUGGCCUUUCUGGAAAUAUUUGCAAGACAAUAACUAGCAGAUUAACUACGGCUAUUGAACGACAAGAAGAUGUAUCGGUUCAAUUAGAAUCAUUGGAUAUAGUGGGCGAUCUCCUCGCCCGUUUCGGAAAUGGAUUAACCUCUUAUCACAGUCAAAUUCUUAGCGCAUUAUUACCGCAGCUUAGUUCUCAACGUCAAGCGGUUCGUAAACGUACAAUUGCCGCGUGUAGUAAUUUGGUACUUUCAUGCAAUAACGCUCUCUAUUCGAAAUUGAUUGAGUAUUUACAUAACGGUCUUCUUAACGAAAAGAACCAAAUGCAAAUUCGCACUUACAUUCAGUGUUUGGCGGCUGUUUGUCGCCAAUCCGGUCAUCGUUUUGGGGAGCACAUUGAAAAAUUUGUACCGUUAAUACUUCAGUAUAGUCAUAAAGAAGACGAUGAAUUACGAGAAUAUUGUUUACAAGCUUUUGAGUCGUUUGUUAAUCGGUGUCCAAAAGAAAUUAGCGAACAUAUACAUAGCAUUAUAAAUCUUUGCUUGAAAUACAUGACUUACGAUCCGAAUUAUAAUUAUGAAGAUGAUGAGGAUGGCGAAGAUGGCGCGAUGGAUAUUAUUGAAGAUGAGGAUGAGGACGAAGAUAACGACGAGUACAGUGAUGAUGAUGACAUGAGUUGGAAGGUAAGAAGAGCGGCUGCGAAAUGUUUAGAAGCGAUCAUUUCGAGUCGUAUCGAGCUUUUAUCAGAAUUUUAUAAAACUUUGUCCCCUGCUUUGAUUGGACGUUUUAAAGAACGCGAAGAAAAUGUUAAAUCAGAUAUUUUCCAUGCUUAUACAGCUUUAUUAAAACAAACCAACGCACCUAAAAGUACUACCCUUGACCCGGAUUCUAUGGAACAAGAAACUCCACUUUAUUUACUUCAACAACAAGUUCCCUUUAUUGUUAAAGGAGUUCAUUCGCAAAUGAGAGAGAAAAGUUCGAAAACGCGACAAGAUUGUUUUCAAAUUUUAAAAGAAUUAUGUGGUGUUUUACCCGGAGCUUUAGGCAAUCACAUUGGGGAAUUAAUUCCUGGUAUUCAGUACUCCUUGGGAGAGAAAAAUUCUACGAGUAACAUGAAAAUUGAUGCUUUAUCCUUUAUACAUUGUUUACUUACAUCACAUCAACCGGAAGUCUUUCAUCCUUACAUUCCGGUGUUGUUACCUCCGGUUAUUAAUGCAGUCGGGGAUGCGUUUUAUAAGAUUACAGCGGAAGCUCUAAUUGUUUUACAAGAACUUGUCAAAGUUAUCCGCCCGUUAAAUUCACCGUCAACGUUUGAUUUUACACCUUUUACUAAUGAAAUUUUUAUGUGUACUUUAUUGAGAUUAAGAGCUUCCGACAUUGAUCAAGAAGUUAAAGAAAGGGCAAUCUCAACAAUGGGACAAAUCAUAUGUAACCUGGGAGAUUAUCUCGGUAACGAUCUAUCAGUUUGUUUACCACUAUUUUUGGAUCGACUUCGAAAUGAAAUAACACGCCUCACUACCGUAAAAGCGUUAACGAAAAUAGCUGGAUCACCUCUUGGCAUUAAUUUGCCGAUUAUUAAAGACGCCAUCCCGAUUUUGGGGUCGUUUUUACGUAAAAACCAAAGAUCCCUUAAAUUGAGCACUUUAUUACUUUUGGAUUCGUUAAUUAAGAAUUAUAGCGCGUCGUUAAACGCCGAAUUACUUCAAUUUGUUAUCGUCGAAAUUCCACCACUUCUCGAUGAAUCCGAUUUACAUAUUGCCCAAUGGACUUUGGUUAUUUUAAAAUCAAUCGCUGAGGUUCAUCCAAAAACUUUAGUCCGGAAAAACAUUGCGAAAAAUAUUUUACCUGAGAUUAUGAAUUUAGUUCGUUCGCCACUUUUACAAGGUGCUGCAUUGAAUUCUAUGUUGGAAUUUUUCCAAGCUUUAGUUUCGUGUCGUAUACCCGAUUUGGGUUACAACGAGCUGUUACAAAUGUUAUUAUCGCCAAUAGUGAAUCCAACGACCACGCAAACUUUGCAUAAACAAGCCUAUUAUUCCUUGGCCAAAUGUGUCGCUGCCAUCACUGUUAAGUGUUCUGAAAGGGCUUUACCUGUAGUCAACCAGUUUAUUCACGACAUUAAAACGACGACGAGCGAUUCCCACCAUAUCUUUGGGUUGUUGAUUAUUGGCGAGAUUGGCAGGAAAAUUGAUUUGACUUCGGUGGGUCAAUUAGAGCUAAACAUUUUGAUGUCAUUCAGUGCAUCAUCAGAAGAAAUUAAAUCGGCUGCAAGUUAUGCUUUGGGAAGCGUUUGCAUUGGAAACCUUCCCCAUUAUUUACCAUUUAUCUUGAAUGAGAUUCAGAAUCAGCCGAAACGACAAUAUUUACUUCUUCAUUCGCUGAAAGAAAUUAUAACUUGUCUUUCAUCAACACCGGAAGGAGUCCGUAUUCUUUUGCCUUUCGUUCCGGCGAUCUGGCAACAGUUAUUCCUUCAUUGCGAAUGUAACGAAGAAGGUAGCCGUAACGUAGUGGCUGAAUGUCUUGGUAAAUUAACUCUAAUCGACCCGGCAAACCUUCUUCCAAAACUACAAGAAUCUUUAUCGUCGCCAUCGCCAUUAAUGCGUACCACAAUCGUAACUGCGGUUAAAUUCACCAUUUCAGAUCAACCGCAGAAAAUCGAUACAUUACUAAGACAAUGUAUUGGUCAAUUUUUAAAUACAUUACAAGAUCCGGAUUUGAACGUUCGAAGAGUCGCAUUGGUCGCGUUCAAUUCGGCAGCGCACAAUAAGCCGUCUUUGAUUCGCGAUUUACUCGACUCGAUUUUACCACAUUUGUAUAGCGAAACGAAAGUUAAGAAAGAGUUGAUCAGGGAAGUCGAAAUGGGGCCGUUUAAACACACAGUCGACGACGGCCUCGACAUCCGUAAAGCGGCCUUUGAAUGUAUGUACACCUUACUCGAUUCGUGUCUCGAUCGCAUCGAUAUUUUUGAAUUUUUAAACCACGUCGAAGGCGGACUUAAAGAUCAUUACGAUAUUAAAAUGUUAACGUAUUUAAUGGCUGCCCGUUUAUCUCAAAUUUGUCCGGGAGCCGUUCUACAAAGAUUGGAUAGAUUAGUAGAGCCGCUUCGUAUGACGUGCACGAUGAAGGUAAAAGCAAAUUCGGUGAAGCAAGAAUACGAAAAGCAAGAUGAGCUGAAGAGGUCGGCGAUGCGGGCGGCGUCGUCGUUAUUAGGAAUUCCCGAUGCAGAUAAAAAUCCUCAUUUGAGCGAAUUCAUAACGCAAAUUCGGAAUUCGGUCGAUUUGAAACCGAUUUUCGACUCGAUUCAAGAGGAUAGCGUCGGAGGGAGACACGAUUGCUUCUUGAUGGAUCAAAGUUAAUUUCAUUUCGAUUCGUUCCUAAGAUAUUUCGUUUAUUUUAUUUUUUGGUUUUAUUAUUGUAAUAAGUCAGUUUCAGUUUAAAAAUAAAUCAUUUAC